CAAACAUUAACUUUUUAAGCGGCUUUUUCACAUUUUCUGCCUAAACUCGCGUAUCACCGUGAUAUUGUAAGCAGUGUAACUCUAAGUCAGAAUAACGACCGAACAUUGUUACUGUUUGAUAUAAACCAUUUAUCUUUGUGAAUUUACUCUUAUAUUUUUCUAUUGACAAACCAUUAUAUACUGUGGAAUAUGUAAUACACGUGGAUUACAUUAUUUUUAUACCAAAAACAAUUACCAUGUCAAUGAGAAAUUUUGCUGAAGCUAUUAUGCUCGAUGCUAAGAGAAAAAGCAGUAAAAUUUAUCAUAUUUCACUAACAAAAGGAACUAUUCAUUUUUGGAUUUAUGACCAAUACCAUCUAAAUCUGUAUGAUACACAAGUAUCACACAAAUUGUAGUUUUAGAUCUAAGCUAUGAUAUGGUUCAUAUACCAGCGAAAAUAAAUUUUAAGAACUGAAGGCUUUCUGUUAUAAACAUUCUUCGCUAAUAUCCAUAUACUGCUGUUAUCUAUCUGGAAUGCUAAGCAAAGUUACAUACUAAAUGAAUAAAACUGAUCCAUUGUGUGUCCAGUUGUUAAAAAGUUUAAUUCUAUGCAGCGAAAAAGCUGCCGUAAUAGCCCGUACAAUUAAAAGACAAACUGGUAUCUUUCAAACACUUGUUCAAGUGAAAGAUUCAACUGAGGCUAAUUUAAGAUUCAGCGUAGAUGUCAAAACUUUGGCCGAUGUAUUAAUUCAAGAAGUUGUAAAGUACGACCUAAAUUUACUUUUUCCUGGAUUCAAUAAUUCGGUGUUUGGUGAAGAAAAUAAUCGUUUUUCUGGUAGUUCCGGUAAAACAGUGACAAUUCAACUAUCUUCUAGAGAAAAUCUCGCUGAUCUUUUAGUUGAUGUUUUAGGCAACGAUUUAGAUUUUGCAAAUCAAUUAAGUGAAAUUUGUUUUCGACCGCUAGAAUCGUUUCAGACACAAUUUUCAGUGUGUAAUAUUUGGGAAGAUUUGAUCUCCAAUUGUAAUUCACUAUUUAAAAUAACCGAUAUAAAAUAUUCUGAUAUUGGAACAUUUGGUGUAUGGAUCGAUCCAAUAGACUCAACAGCUGAUUAUGCUCAAGAUCAAUUUGAUAAAUUUCAUUUUACUUCAACUAAUUCAUCAUCUACUCAUUUAUCUGGUAUAGAAUUAGAUAAUCUAAAUCAAAUUAAUCAUUUUUUGAUAAUCCAACAAGUUUAAUACGUUUCUAUCAUGGUGGUCUUAUUAAUGUUACAAUUUUAUUAGGUUUAUUUGAUUAUUCAAAUGGUUUACCAUUAAUUGGUGUUAUAAAUCAACCAUUCUAUUUAAAUAAUAUUAUCAAUUCACCUAAUAAUGAUAAUCAUUUAUCAACUGAUGAAAUAAAUUCAUUAUAUAAUUAUGGAAGAAUAUUUUGGGGUUUCAAUAUUAUUGAUUCUGGAAAUUCUUUACCUAUUACUAAAUAUUCAAAUAAUUGUUCUAAAACAGCUUUAUUGAAUCCUCUGGAUAAUUUAAAUUUACCUAAAUAUCUACAUUUUCCAGAUAAUUUUUUUGAUGUACUUUGUCCAGAUCGUGUAUUCAAUGAAGAGAAACCAAUUUUAAAACUUGCUUGUAGUUCUGUAGAAUUUAGUCGUUUGACUAAUUUAUUCCAUAACUAUAAAGAUGCUAAUCAAGAUUUAGUCAAUGUUGUGUUUUUGUCAUCAUCCGGAGCUGGUUUUAAGCAAUUAUGUGUAAUAUUAGAUCAAGUGGACGCAUUUAUUUUAAUGGAACCAAAUACAUUUAUAUGGGAUACAUGUGGACCACAUACAAUCAUGAAUUCAUUAGGUGGUGGUAUUAUUCAAUUAAAAUAUGCAUUAAAUUCUAUUAAAUUAUUAUUAUUACAAAAACAAUUAUCAAAUAAUUACAAUCUAAUCAUUCAAUUAAUAAUGAAUGAUUUACAUAAAUAUCAAAUUAAUUACAAUAUUAUAAAAUCAUCAGAAGAGAUACAAGUAAAUUUGUUUGUUUGUUUGUUUUUUGUUCUUAUUGUCAUUAUUGUUAUUAUUUUCAUUGGUUGAGAUCAUGAGUCCGUUGAAGUUAGAUCACCAUAAGAAACCUGGAAGCACUGAACGGCUGUUUCGUUCUAUUGUCAGACUCCUCAACAGUACACAUUCAUAAUCUCGCUCCCCGUGAGAUUCGAACCCAGGACUUAUCCAGUGUUUCCAGGUUCUCCAUGGUGGUCUAGCUUCAAUUAACUCAUGAUCUCAACCAUUGAAACUACUAUAAUAUCCACAAAAACCCCUUCUGAUAUUAAUCAACAUAUGCUCACUACUGACUAACUUCAAGAAGUAUUUCCUAGAGUUUUUGUGAGAAGCCAUGAUCAGUAGAGUUCAAUCGGGUCUGUUGUGAGAUCGUAACUCACUGAUGACAAUGGUAGAUGUGUCGCUCAGUUUUAUGGAUUAAUUGAAGUUAGACAUUAGCACUGUCCGUUGGAUGCCGGCCGACUCAAUGGUCUAGUGGUUAAGCGUUUGCGCGCGAGACUCAUAGGUCCUGUGUUCGAGGCGGGGUCGUGUAUGCACACUACUGAAGAGUCCCCCAAUAGGACGAAACGGCCGGCCGUUGUUUCAAGAUUUUUCAUCAUGGUCUAGCUUCGAUUGACUCAUGAUCUUAACUAUUGAAAAUGUAUUGUACAAAACCAAAGAAUGAAAGUAGAUACAUUUCUUUUACAUAGUUCAAAAAUUUGUCAAGGUUAUAAAGAGGUUCACAGGUUCUAAAAUCGUAAUGCAUACAGUGGAGGAAAUCAUCCAUAUGACUCUAUAAUAAUCGGUCUCUGGAGCCAUGAUAAGGUCGCAAAAGCUCUCUCAGCCUCGACCAUAUAGCUCCAACAUUGUUUGUUUGUACUCCGGUUCUAAUGUCCACGAAAGGUGACUUGUCAAUAAGGACACGAUGCACAUAACCAAGUCUAUAAAGAUAUCUUUAUGCUCUUUAAUCAUCCGUAUAUAUUGUAGUACCUGACUGUAGCCAGUGUUACUGGUGCUUCUAUUAUAUAGUCCGCAGCAACUUUCAUAAUUUGCCUUAGUCUCAUUCUGGAUAGAGCGAAAAAAUCCUAUUCUAGCAGACUUCUUCCUCCAACAUAUAUUGCAUCGAAAGACAACACCAUCAUGGUAGUCUACAUAAGGUCCUUAAGUCAUUUGAUUACCAAAAUCACAUUAUAAAGGAACUUCUUAUUCAUCCUAUUUGUCCUAGUCGCCCAAUUGUCAUGUUUUUCUCUAAAAUCCGCUGUGAACCGAUCGUACGUGAGCAUCAGGUACUCAAAUUGGCGUUGUGACUUUGAAAUCCCUCAAAUGUUUCUGAUUGGCUCGUCCAUAAAUUAUAGUCUUGCCGUGUUUCAGUUUAUUGUAAAUUUUAUCAAAAAAAACAAGAAACUAUAAACCCUUACUAAUAACUUUAUAUCCAUUGAAUAAAUCAGUGAUCAUUUAAACUCAAGAGUUAAAGAGAUGGAUGUUCGAAGUGUAUGACAUUGGAUUUAGGUAUUCAUCUGUAUAUUAAUAUUGAGAUAAAAGUACAUCUGACUGACAAAUCUCAUGGUUAAGUGCUCGCGCGCGAAGCCAGUAGGUCCUGGGUUCGAAUCCCGCGGCGGGGGGGGGUUCGUGGAUGCGCACUCUUGAGGAGUCCCAUACUAGGACGAAACGGCCGUCCAGUGCUUCCAGGUUUUCAAUGGUGGUUUAGCUUCAACUGACUCAUGAUUUCAACCUGUGAAAUCUCAUAUAAAACAAAAGGGAUAUCUUAGAUUCUAGUGCUAAUUACAUCUUAUUUACAAAAAUCACCUUACGAUUAAUAUAUACUUUAGCAAUAUAGACAAAUAGAUGGAUAGAUCCUUAUCUGUAAUGUUAUACAUUCAGUUGGAUCAUUUUCACAGCAUGAAAAUUUCAUUAAAAGAUGUUCUGAAAACACAUACAUCAUAUGACUUCGUUUUCUCAAGUUCAAUACAUCCUUAAAAACAUGUAUAAGGUGUAGUUCUAUUUUGAUGGGGUUUUAUUCUCCGAUCUGGGUGGUUCGGUUGUGGAGCUUUCAUCGUUCUUCUGAACAACAUCAUCAUCACAAACUUCAGGUAGAAGUAAACUCACUUCACUUCUACUUGUAUCAAGAUACAGAACAGUCACUGAUAAGUUUUAGCAAGUUUUCAUUGUAUAUUCUCGAAAAAAAACUUCACUUUGAAAUUUAUUAAUUGGAUUGAUUGCAUAAAACAAUUAAUGAAUUUCUGAACAAUAUUUAUUAAUGUAAGCUGUUUUUGCAGAGCCGCUUACACUAACAAAUAUUAUGUACUCUUAAAUGAAUAGCUUCGAGAAGUAAUUCCCAGAGUUCUGUUGAGAAGCAUUAAUCAGAAUAGGUCAUUCAUGUUCUAUGUAUAGUUGGAAACCACUAAUGAUAUUGUAAGAUAGUUACACAAUAUCACAAAUUCAUUGGAGCUAGAAAUGCAAAAAACACUUGAGGUGACUCAAUGCUAUAAGACAUGAAAGUAUUUAGUUCAAUCACUGGUGAAGCUGUAGAUUCAUACAGUUCAGUUAUCGUUGAUUAUCAACAGUUGUCUAACUAAGCUCAAUUCGUGAUGUAAAUCAUAAUGUCACUAUUUUUUUUUAUCGUUCACUUUCUCUCUCUCUCUCUCUCUUGUCUCUACACCCUUUUUUUCUUCUCUCCGAUUGAUAGUCACUCAACUCGGUCAAUCUUUCCAAAUGUUGCAAUCGUAAUGGCUUAUUAGCUUAUCGUAAUCCAUUGAUAGCUAGUCAAAUUCUUCUUCAUAUUGCAUUAAAUCAAAAAUAGAAACAUAUAACAAUAGAUUUAUACACAUACACAUAGAGACAGGUAAAGAAGAAAAAGUUUAGUAAAGAAUUGUGACACAUUUCUUUCCUUUUUUUUUCUUAAAUCACAAAUGGAUCAUUGUCCUUUUUAUCCAUAGAAACAGGAAGAAAAAAGAAAAAGAAGAAGAAGAAUAUAAGUAACAUAUUUCAUUUUUAUCUCAUUCCAUGUAAUAAACAAUCAUGUAUCAUUAACACAGUGUAAUUAUGGAUUAUUAUGUAAUUCAUUAUUACCUUAGUCACAAAGAGAAUAAAUUAACCAAUUAUUUAUGAUUAACUUAACUAAAUGAUGGUUAGCAUUGUGUUUGCGAGUUAGUUUUCUGUGAGAUAGAUUAACUAACCCCUAUGUCCAAUCCUCCUCUUUUACUUGGGAUUGGGAUCGGCAGUAACUUUAGAAAAGCUAUAGGUAGAAUUAUAAAUGAUGAUAACUUAUCAAUAAAUCAUGAUAGAUGUUAAGUAGAAUGGAUACAAUUGAUCAUCAUUCAAUGAAUAAUGAAUCAAUAAUUUAUGAAUAUUCAAUCAAUAAUUCUAUACACAUGAGGUUAUUGUAUUGAUCGUUUAUUAUGCAGUUUUAUUUUGUUCUUUAUCAUGAUGAAUUGAUCAUUAUUUUUGUUGUUGUUGUUGUUGUUUGUUACUUUAUUUAAUUUUUUGUUCAAAUAUGUUAAAUUUAUUCAUUGUUAUCAUGUAAUAAACAUAAUAAUGCACCAAAGAUAUGACUAUUGGGUUUUUUAGGUUCGAACCCUGUUUUCUGGUUAUUAUUUUCUAGUUUAAACAAUUGAAUUACAUCAUUGUUUCUUAUUACAUAGAAACAAUACUCAUAGUUGAAUGGAUAGAUUGCUAAUUGGUAAGUGAAUUACAUUGGUCCACCAGGGUGCUUGGUACCUGUGUGGUUACGCCACAGGAUUGAGCUGUACUAUUCAGAUUGUAGCGUUAAAGCCUAUACGGUAUUUGAUUCUCCUGCUAAACGGGAUUGGGCUGUACUGUUUGGCUUGUCACGUGAAAGUUCGGAUGGUGUCUGGUUCUCCUGAAAACCAAUGUAAAAUUACCCCGGCCCACAAGGGUAUAUUAUAUAACUCAAGUGAAUUACAUAACAGGAAUAGUAAUAAUAAUAAUGGUAUUAAGUUCACUAUUUUAUCACAUUCCUUUCUUAUCUUUAUAGUUUUAAAAGGGAUAAAUGGAUAAUAAUUAUGUGUUUGUUUGUGUGAUGUAUUUACAACAACAUUUAACUUAUUUAUUUCUUAUUCAAUGAACUCGUGAGUUCAACUGUUAAAAUACUACUAUAUUCACAAAUCCCCAUACUGUUAAUAAUCAUGUGCUCAAUAGUGAAUAGCUUCAAGAUGAAUUUCCUGGUGUUCUAAUGAGAAGUCGUAACUAGUGGAGUCCAAUCUGUGUCGAGUAGAGACUGUUAUCCACGAGAUGUUGAGCAAGAUCAUAGAUCGAUUGAAAUUAGACAUUAACACCGUUGAAUACUGACUCACUAAUUUAGAGAUUAAUUGUUGACGUGCGAGACCAACAGUUCUAAGUGUGAGUUCCACAUGUGGGAUCAUGGAUGCGCACUACUGAGGGUUCCCCAAGCUGGGACAAACCAGCCAUUCAGUACUUCCAGAUUUUCGAUAGUGAUCUAGUUCAUCUUGAUUCAUGAAUUCAACUGUUAUUUGGUUACUUCUCAAAACCAGGAAGUGAUGCAAACUUAUCCCCUAACUAGUAUAUAAUGCUUCAGCAAUCAGUAUCUACUAUCCUGCUGUAAAUUGAACCCAAAUCUUUUAAAUAUUAUGCUAAUUGUAAUCCGAUAAACGAUCAUUAUGUCGUAUUGUGAAAUGACAAGAAUUUGAAAUGUGAACUGCUUGGUUCCAUCUCAAUAGUAUAAAAAUAAUAUGCUAACUGCCCACUGAGUUGAGUUUCUAGAAUCGUUAUGGGAGAGCACUCUCAAGAUUUUACAUACCAAGAGAAGAUCAGGUGUCCAUUGCUCCUUGGUUUUCAGUUAUAUCCUAACUAAUGUCAGUCUACAAAGAAUGCAGCUAAUAAAUCAAAAUAAUAUACACAAACCCUUUAACCAAAAUAUUCUUCAAAUAAUAUCUCAUUGCAUGCAUUUAAAUUCUCAAUAAACAAAAUACACGCUAAAACAUAUAGAAUUAAUAUCAUAUUCAGAUUUAAUAACAUUGAAUGCUCAAUACAACUGCAUAAAGUUGCCCUUGGGAAGCGUUACAAAAUAGCAUACUAAAAGAUAAAAUGAACCGAUAGCGUUUAAGAUCCUUCCAAGUGGAAGAUACGACAUGAAGGUAAAAAUGAGCGCUUUUGGCGCGAAAACAAGAAAAUUCAAAAUUUUGAGAUAAAAUUACAAUAUAAAGUAUUACCAAGCGAGUUCUUGGGCUCUAACAUCCCCAGCAAACACAAUACAACACUUACAAAAGUUUAAACUCUUCACUUGAUUUUAUUAUAACGAAUAUGACAGUGGUGAUAAUAUGUUUUUUAUCCAACUGUAUCUGUAGUAGUAUAUCUAUACAUAACUCCGCCUGUAGCUCUUCUAGAGUUACUGCCGGUCCUAAGCCCAUGUAAAGGAGUAUGGUUGGGCAUGAAAUUAGCGACUUCAUCUCGUAGAAAGCUAACUCACUAAAAAAACGCUAACCAGAAAAAAUAAUUCAAAUCAUCUAAACUCUACCCUGGGAGUUAGAACGUCUUCAUUUAAAAGAGUUAUGACGCCUCAUGAUGAAAGCCCAGUUCCUUCGGAAGUCACGAGGCUGAUGCCUCUUCUCACAAUCAGAGCAACAAUUAUAUAUAUAUAUAUAUGAUGUUUAUUUUGAUAAAUUUUUAUCCGUAAUUAUCUAAACCGUUUCAAUAGAAGAAGAUUUAAUGAUUUACAAAAGGUUUUUACUUGUUGUUAUUAUUAUUUGUAGUAGAUAUACUCUCAUUGAGGUCAAAACGUGGGUGUAUAAUUAGUCCUAGGUCACUGACAUAUAACAUUAAUAAAUUGAAGCUUUCAGUUGAAUGUAAUCAAUCAAUAAAUGAAUGUUUAUCAAUGGAUGAUAUAUUUUGAAGGGAAAAAUAAGGAUAUAUUCACUUCUAUUGAAUGUAUAAUAAGUCAUAAUCAUAGCAGGAAUAUUACUGAAUAGAGUGAAACGAAUAUCUUGAAUCCUACUACUAGCCAUAAUCUAAAUAUAUCAAAAAUUCGUAAUUGAAGAUAAUAUUGUAGCGGUAAAUAAAUCCCCAAAAUAAAUAGCUCUGUAAGUCUUCGACAUUGGACUCUGACCACAUUAGUUUUAAUGGAUUCACCUAGCUGAAGGUGCUCGGUCAUGCAUCCGCACCAGAUCAUGAGUGGGAACGCAAUACUCAACAACCCCUGCAAUCGCUAGCCAGAUGAGAUCAGACGAUCCUCGAUAUAUUGAUAGCCUAUCAAAUAUAUCUUCGAACCUCCUCGCUUCUGUCUUUUAAUUUCACUUAGUGGGCACGAUUCAUAUUCGAAGGUGUUACUGGUUAAAGCGUUGUCAAACUCCUUAUAUCCGUGGCAUCUUCAGUAUCAAGGCAGUUACUCAGGAUUUAACGGAAGAAUCUAAACCGUUGAAUGUCACCACUAUAAAUCAAUAGUCUUAGCCGCUUAUACUGUCAAGUUUAUUUAGAACAUUAAUUCGGUUAUAUCUUCGUCGUUUUGAAGCAAAUUUAUUAUGAUUGAAAACGUCAUCAAUUAAUAUGUGUGUAUUUUUAAACUACUAUACUUUCAACAAGAAUGAUACAAUUUUUUUUAUACAUUAUCAUAAAGUGAACUUUGGUAUUCAUUCAUUACAUCAUAAUUUUAGAAAAUAAUCCUAUAGAACAAUCAUUGAUUUGUUCAUACAUCUGAUUGUUGAAAAUUACUUACUCCUAAUGGAGCAUAGAAAGCCGACCAACAUUCCUCAAACCAAUCUGUCCUCGAUCUUCCUUUCUAGUUCCGUCCAAUUGUUAUUCAUCCUUCUCAUAUCUAUCUCCAUUUCUCGAUGUAAUGUGUUCUCUAGUCUUGAAGAGUCCAAGUGAAGGCUUGACUUGUGACACAGUUAGGUGAUUUCCUCAAUGUGUGUCCUAUACACUCACAGCACUUCUUCCUAAUUCCUUCCUCCACUGCAAUCUGGUUUGUUCUCUCCCGUAGUAGGUUGUUGCUGAUAGUGUCUGGACAACGUAUCUGAAAUAUUUUGCAUAGACAACUGUUAAUAAACACUUGUAUUUUCUGGAUGAUGGCUUUCAGAGUUCUCCUAAUUUUCCACCCCAUACAGUAGAACUGUUUUGACAUUUGUAUUGAAAACUCAAAGUUUGAUGUUGGUUGACAGUUGUUUUGAGUUCCAGAUGUUCUUCAGUUGCAGAUAUACUGUUCUUGCUUUGUCGAUCCACGCCUUCACAUCUGCAUCAGAUCCACCGUGCUGAAAAUAUUUCCAGUUAAAAAAACAUGAAAUAAUAUUAGUAAAACAAGUUGCCACAAAGCUGAAUCAACUCUUUGAUGUUCCUGCUGUUAAUCAUCAACCUAUCAAAUCUAAUGAGAACUCAAUUAUGAAUAGAAUGAUGGAUAUACUCAACUACCUUGUCCUGAUGCUUAUUACCACAUCAAAAUAGUAACGACGAUAGAAUAAUAUGAACCUUCCGUAUGCUAAAUAAUGACUUUCAACAUUAAUGAACGGUAAUGAAAGAGAAUAUUAAUUUGCUCCAAUUUAGUAUAAAUCGUAUUAAUUAUCAUUUAUUACAUUUGUAAAUAAGCCACUAUCCAUAACAUACAAGAGUUUAUUAACAAUUGUGUACAUAAAAUACUUCGGAUCUGUUGACCAGACACUAUCAGCAACAACCUACUACGGGAAAGAACAAACCAGAUUGCAGUGGAGGAAGAAAUUAGGAAGAAGUGCUGUGAGUGUAUAGGACACACAUUGAGGAAAUCACCUAACUGUGUCACAAGUCAAGCCUUCACUUGGACUCUUCAAGACUAGAGAACACAUUACAUCGAGAAAUGGAGAUAGAUAUGAGAAGGAUGAAUAACAAUUGGACGGAACUAGAAAGGAAGAUCGAGGACAGAUUGGUUUGAGGAAUGUUGGUCGGCUUUCUAUGCUCCAUUAGGGGUAACAGGCGUAAGUAAGUACAUUUGUAAAUAAUUCUAACCAAGUUAUGUAACUGAAAUAAUGAUUAUUAUAUCACUGAAACUCAUUAGGUUUCAGGUAGUAAGCUACAAACAACAUGAAAUACUCUGAGCUGGAUAGUUUGUCCGUAAAGCUUUCAUUGUUCUUCUGAACAAUAUCAUCAGUACAAACGUCGGGUAGAAGUGAAGUGUUAGAACUACUUCAUAUAUUACUCUCAGCUUAUUCUGUCGAUAUCGAUCUUGAUUGUUUGUUUUUUUCCUUUUAACUUGUCAUUAUAUGCCUCCUUAUUUUUAUUGCAUCUCCAUUUAGAUCUGACUUUUUGGUCAUGUAUUUGUUCAUAAUUCACCUAAGCUACAAAUCUUCUUUACUAUCUCGACAUGAAAUAUCUAUCCUUCAGUCUGUUAUUGUCCCUCCUAUAGGAAUAAAUAAUCCAUCAUUAUUAAUAAUGCCAAGGCUGGACAUGAUAGUUACAAAUAAAUUGAGCAUUGGGUACAGAGUUAAUAAUAAAUAUAUUUUUGUUAUAUUCCAUUGAGUACAAAAGUUGUGUCUCGGACGUUUUAUGACUCAAUGUAAGUCACUUGUUCAAAAUAAAUAAAUGAUCGAGAAUAAAUUAAUUCAAAUAUAGUUUUUGAUUGAGAGCAUGAAUCGAUUGGUGCUAGACCACCAUGGAAAACCUGGAAGCACUGGACGGCCGUUUCGUUCUAUUGUGGGACUCCUCAGUAAUGCGCACCCACAAUCCCCCUCACGGGAUUCGGACCCAGGACCUUCAGUCUCGCGCGCGGGAUCGUGGAUGCUCACUGCUCAGGCGUCCCACAAUAGGACGAAACGGCCAUCCAGUGCUUCAAGGUUUUUAAUGGUGGUCUAACAUCAAUCGGUUCAUGAUUUCAAUCAAAAACUUAACAAUCUCUACAACCCCUAUAGUGUCAAAUAUAGUUGUUGCGACCGAAAUCUACAUACAUACAUACACACAUACAUCAAAUUUCAACCCCACUACUUCAUAUUCGAAAUGAAUACACUUUUCAUAUCCAAAUUCUGAUGCAUAAAUUAAUAUAUGACAGUCCAUACAGAUUCGCCUUGACGAAGAAUAACUUGACAUUGACAUAUUCAAUUCUAUUAUGAUUUUGAUUGUACCAAAACAAAUUUUUAUUGUUUUCUUUGCUCUGUUCAAACUUGUGUUAAUUCAGU